AUAUAUAAAAGUCACAUUUAAGGAUCUACAGUCAAUUCAUCAGCUUUCUUAAGUUUACUCAACUUUAAGAAAGCAUCAGCUGCUAAUACACCUGAAAGAGGAUCCUGUGCUAAGACAUUGUGUGUGAAGAUGAUGUCUGCAAAAAACAUGGUUAAAGUAAUGAUUGUCCUGUUUGCAAUUUGUUUUCUUGCAAAUUCGGAUGGGAAGCCUGUUAAGAGGAGAUCUGUGAGUGAAAUACAGCUUAUGCAUAACCUGGGCAAACAUCUGAACUCAGUGGAAAGGGUGGAAUGGCUGCGGAAGAAGCUGCAGGAUGUGCACAAUUUUAUUGCCCUUGGAGUUCCUAUAUUUCACAGAGAUGGUGGUUCCCAGAGGCCUCGAAAAAAGGAAGACAAUGUCCUGGUUGAGAGCCAUCAAAAAAGUCUUGGAGAAGCAGACAAAGCUGAUGUGGAUGUGUUGAGUAAAGCCAAAUCCCAGUGAACACAGAUAUGAUUGGAGUGCAGAUCUAGACACCAUAGGGCAACAAUAUUACAUGCUGCUAAUGUUUUCAAGCUCUAUUAUGAUUACCAAGUGCCAAUAUUUCUAACCUUCCAAACUUUACAUGUAAUCCAUUGCUAGCCAUGAUAGCUGCAAUUUUAAUUGAUUAUUUUGAUUCUACUUUUAUUCAUUUAAGAGCUCUUUUAAUUAUUCUAUUUCUAUUGUUUAUUCUUUUUAAAGCAUGUUAUUGCAUAAUUUAUAAAAGAAUAAAAUUGCACUUUUUAACUUCUCUUCCAUCUUACAAUGCAAAAUAAAAAUUUGAUGAUCAUGAUUCUGAAUAAGUAUUUCUCACU